CCACAGGUCGUUCGCGCCGGCUGCUGGCAGCUUCCCCUUCUCCAGGCUCUGCGUCCUCCCGGCUUGGCCCCGGGCGCCAUGGACAGGAUCGAGGGCGUAGCCGUGGGCCGCUGCACCGACUCGCCGUACCUGCGGCCGCUGACGCUGCACUACCGCCAGAAUGGCACCCAGAAGUCCUGGGACUUCAUGAAGACGCAUGACAGUGUGGCCGUCCUCUUGUACAACGUCACCCAGAGGAGCGUGGUGUUGGUGAAGCAGUUCCGGCCAGCUGUGUAUGCUGGUGAGGCUGAGCGUCUCUUCCCAGGGUCCCUGGCAGCGGUGGACCAGGACACGCCCCGGGGUCUGCAGCCCGCCCUGCCCGGCUCCGCAGGUGUGACCUACGAGCUAUGUGCAGGCCUGGUGGACCAGCCAGGGCUCUCGCUGGAGGAGGUGGCCUGCAAGGAGGCCUGGGAGGAGUGCGGCUACCGGCUGACCCCGUCCGACCUGCGCCGGGUCGCCACGUACAGGUCUGGCGUGGGACUGACCGGCUCCAACCAGACCAUGUUCUUCGCGGAGGUGACAGACGCCCAGAGAGCCGGCCCGGGCGGGGGCCUGGCAGAAGAGGGUGAGCUCAUAGAAGUUGUGCACUUGCCCCUGGACGGCGCCCAGGCCUUUGCAGAUGACCCCGACACCCCCAAGACCCUUGGCGUCAUCUUUGGUGUUGUCUGGCUCCUCAGCCACGUGACCCCUAGCCUGGGGGCCCAAUACCAUCCCACCCACUGACCAGCAGACCCAAUAAAGGCUGUGCAGCAGUGCCUGUA